AUGCCUCAUAUCUUAGGUAUCAAAUAAUCAACUGGAGAAAUAUUUUUUUGUAUCUCAGAUGUAAACGAAAGUGGUAAUAUCUUAAUAUUCUCUAAGGAUUUAUCAGAAAUAGUCAAAUAUUUCUACCUUUCUACUUUUGGAAUGGUAGUGAAUGCAGUUUAUUUUCACUAGUCCUCACAAAUAUUUAUACUGAUGGGUAUUUUAUUCACUUAAGAUGACUAGUACAGUCUUUUCGUUUCUCAAUUCAAUGAACCAGAUACAAAAAUAGCUAGUUACAUUUUAAAUGCUGAUGUUCUCGUAAAAUAUCAAAUCAUUAUUCCACAGAUAGCUUAAUGA